AUGUCGUUGCUAACUUUAAAAUCCGUGGGAGCUUCAUCAUUGUCAAUAAAAGCGAGAGAAAUUCACAACAGAUGUAGGAUUGGUAACCGAGAUUGGGUGGGCUUUGGGAUCAAUGGAAGCGCGAACUACAAGGACGAUGCCCACUUUCCAUUCCCAGCUAUCAGGUUUAAGGAGAACACCAGAGAUAUUUGUGCAUUACGCGAAAAGGAGAAGGGAGAUUGGCGAAUGCUGUGCUGUGAGGAAAAGAAGGCCCUAUAUCGUGCCUCCUUCUGCCAGACGUUCUCUGAAUUCAAGCACCCCACGGGCCAGUGGAAGGCCAUCGUGGGCGGUGCAUUGAUUAUGACCUCCUUUACGUUUUGGACCUUCAUAUUCCUUCAUUAUUAUGUUCUGGAGCCCCUGCCGGCGAGCCUGUCGAGACAUUCGCAGAAGGCUCAACUGCGAAGGAUGCUGGAACUGCGAGUGAACCCCAUCGACGGCCUCUCAUCCUUGUGGGACUACGACAAUGACACGUGGAAGGUCUUUGCGAACCUUGACUUAUAG